AUGGAUUCCCAAACCCUUCGGCCCGCCUCGUAUGUGAGGCCACACUCCGCACAUCUUUUGAGCCCUUCCAGUGAUAUCGUUGGCCCCUCACCUGUAACCUCGAACGGCACGGAGACUACGGAGAUAGAUGAUGAAGCACUGUCGGAGACGAGCGACCAGCCCUCGGCGUCAGAGGUCGAAAGCCCGCCACAGCUCAAGAUGCUGAGGACGAACUUGCCCGAUGCCGUGCGGAUGAGUUCGAGUGAAGGAGAGGCCGUUUCAGUCAUACACGCCCCCGAAAGCUUUCAUCAAUGGGCAUCGUCAGACCCGAACAAAUCUGCUGAGAAGCCGAACGAUCUUCUCAGUCCUCCCGACAGCGAAGCAUCCGCCAAGGAGAACACUCUGAAUCACCCGACGCCUCCGCCAAUAUCGACGAAUGUGAAACCGACACGAUUUUCCCUGGACAACGCCACGCCUCAGGCGCAGAAGCUGCACGAUGUCUUUGCGGACGCCUCUCGAUUACGGUCCAGCAGCACGAGCAGUCUCGAAUUGAUUCCAGAAAUUCACGAAGGAGACACCGACGCUGAGCCAGAUUCCGCCACUAGCGAACGAUUCGUAACACCAGCUGUGAUAGAGGAGGAGCCCGAGAUCAGAGCAUUGAGAGCUGCUUUGGAGGAGUGCUGGACCCUGUGCAACACAUUGGCCAACCUGAGCUCCAUCCAUCGAGAGCGAGUCUUCAACAGUUCCGGAACACCGGAUGCCCAUGAGAAAGCUUGGAAGAGCUGUUGGAAGCUCUGCCAAAAGCUGUAUAACAGCCGAGACGAAGCUGUUGAGCUGCUCAACGGGCGGGCAAAUUUGGAUUUGUGCCGAGAUUUCUGUCAGUCGCUUUUUGAUGUGCGGCAACGAAAGGAUGAGAUUGGUGACUCUGUGCUGAGAGUCAGCUUCGAACUAAAUAACCACCUCUACAGCGCUCAGGACAGCCGGAACUUGCCAGAAGCAUUCCGCGAGAGGACAUUGGACUUCUAUAUCACUCUUUGCCACCGCCUCAUGAAGCAGCGGAGCGAGCUAGCGGAAGAGACGGACUCGCUGCUCAGGGCGUGCUGGUCACUGGCCGAGAUGCUGUUCAGCCUGCGACAGAAUUCUCGUGACGGAAAGGCACCGGACGAGGAGCUCUUGGGAUCAGCAGUGCAAGCCUGUUGGGAACUUUGCGACAUCUUCAGAGAAGGGUGGACGCAGGUCAGGCCGGACCGAGGCACUCCACGACCGAGUCAGAUCAACUUCUUCCAGCAGGGCCAGGCGUCGGACGUACGAUCAACCACGAGCCGCUCCUCCAUCCACUCGAAGCGCGAGAGCCUGAAGAGCAUGUCCGAAGACCAGCAGUCGCGCCGCACGAAGCAACCACCACCCGUGCCCGAGACCCCGGUGACCGAAUUUGAGGACACGGGUGACACGCCCAUCUCUCCCGGCAGCGAGAGCCCGCAGAUACCCAACAUCCUCGUUCUGGGCACAAACCAGGACGGCGGCAGCCAGGGCGGGUCGCGAGGUGGGAGGUGGUCGAGCAGCGCGAGCAACUUGUCAAGCUACUCGCAGUCGAGCGCCAAGACGAGCAGCACUGCGACGACGACGACCUCGGCCGAGGACAUCAACGUGACACGGAUCAAGAUGCUGAUCCUCAAGGCGGCCAUGAACAUCGGCUUCAGCCGGGAGGGCGGCGCGGCGGCCGGCGACACCGGCGCGUCGCUGCAGGCCUUCGUGCAGAAGUUGCCCACGGGGUCUUUCGGGUCGCUGCCCGCGCACGCGACGCUGCUGCAGAACUACAAGAACCUCGUACUUGCCGACACGACUUUCCGCACCGCCGCGUCGCUGCCGAGCAGGGGCAAGCGGGUCAGCGCCACCGACGUCGCCAAGAGCGUCGGGUGGAUGACGCUCCGGUCCGGCCAGUACGGGUUCCUGAGGGACCUGUUCCGGCUUGUCUACGGGUUCCCCAUCGAGGAGGCCGAGAACAGGAAGAACGUCAGCAUUGCUGUGUGA